AUGGUAAGAAUCAUGAAUUUCUAUUUGAAUUUACAUUACUAUAAUAAAGUAAUGCAAACAUUUCACCAAGUUCUUUCAGCAUGUUUGUCAGCACCUUGUAUGAACGGUGGUACAUGUUCGAAUGCAGGUACCUCAUUUGUGUGCCAAUGUCUUCCUAACUUUUACGGUAAUCGUUGUCAAUUUUCAGAUAAAUGUCGGUCGGUGACUUGCCUAAAUGGUGGCCGAUGUGCUAUAACUAACUUUGCUGCGAAAUGUUAUUGCCAACCUGGAUUUACUGGUACACGAUGUGAAAUUCCCAUUAAUUCCUGUCAACCCUCACCCUGUCAAAAUGGUGGUACAUGCUAUCCAAAUGGAGUUCAAUUCACUUGUCAAUGCCCUGUUGGAUUCACAGGACGACAAUGUGAACAACCAUUUUGCUCACCAAAUAUCUGUCAAAAUGGUGGAACAUGUCAGCUUGUAAACAAUCAAAUCACUUGCACAUGUCUCAAUGGAUUUGAAGGUGAUAGAUGCCAGGUGGCGAUUCAAUGUUAUCCACCAUGUCAAAAUGGAGGAACUUGUAAUAGAAACACAAGAAUAUGCGACUGCCUUCAAGGAUUUGGUGGUCGAGAUUGUUCGACAAGAGAUCCUUGCGCUUCAAAACCAUGCUAUAAUAAUGGCCAAUGUUUUGUACAAAACAAUUUUAACUACGUUUGUGUGUGUAGCCAAGGAUGGACUGGUAAAAACUGUCAGAAUAUCAUUACAUCUUGUUCGAGUAACCCCUGUUUGAACGGUGGACAGUGCUAUCCUAACGGAAACAGCUUUAUUUGUAAUUGUCGACAAGGAUGGACUGGACAGACAUGCGGCAUUCGAACCAAUCCAUGCACCCCAAAUCCUUGCCAAAAUAACGGCCGGUGUAGCAGCUCGGUACCAAAUGGCUUCACUUGUAAUUGUGUUAAUGGAUGGUCUGGCACUAUUUGUACUGAACGUAUUCCAAACCCGUAUUGUCCGUCUCGCCCUUGUCUUAACGGAGGAACCUGCAUCCAAAAUGCCAACCAAUUACGUUGCCGAUGCCUACCUGGCUUUAAAGGAACCUAUUGUGAAGAUAUUAGUGGAGGAAAUUUUGCUUCUUAA